GUAUCUUCAAUUUAACUUAACCAUGGUUACUUUUUCCGCCAUUUCCAAACCCACCGAUCGACAUUUCAUUCACGUGCAUAGGCGUGGGCAUGUUAAAAUAAAACACAGAAGAAACACAAGCGAUAAAGGAAACCCAAACUUCUUCAAAUACUAAUCAAAUUUCUUUCACUGAGGUCUGAAGAAUCCUAGCUUUCUCUUCCUUGAUCGUUUAUUUCACGAUUUUUUUCUUUCUCUCCUCCUAAUUAAUCUUACACUUCUUUUGAAAUUCAAACGACCAAACAUUCUGGUGAGUAAUUUCCUCCAAUCGCUGUUCUUCUUACAUGUUCUAUUUUCUGAGGAUUUUUGUGUUAAGCGUUGUUUUUUUUUAAUUGACAAAAUAGUAUUUGAGAUCUGAGCUGGUUGGGUUUCUGCCGAAAAAGAUCGAUUUUUUUUCUUUUUCAAAAGCUGCGAUGGGGUUGAAUUGGAUUGACUUAUAAUCGAUUGUUGAGUGUAUCUGAUUUGGAAUUUGUCAAUAGGAAAAGAGACUGGAUUUUUAUAUUUAUAUUCUGCUAUUUAGCCUCUGUAAAUUCAAUUGUUUUGGUUGGUGGGUAUUGUGCUACUGUGCUGUGUGUGAUGACAAUAGAAUUCGGUAUGGGCGGCGUUGUGUGGAACGCCGAAGACAAAGCCAUGGCGGCUGCGGUUUUGGGUACCAAAGCUUUUGAAUACUUAAUGUCAAACUUCGUCACCGCUCAAAGCUCCUUGAUGUCAAUGGCCAAUAACGAGAAUCUGCAGAACAAGCUCUCAGAUCUCGUGGAGCGCCCUAAUUCCUCCAAUUUCAGUUGGAACUACGCCAUUUUCUGGCAGCUUUCCAAAUCCAAAACCGGAGACCUGGUUUUAGGGUGGGGCGACGGUUGUUGCCGAGAGCCUCGUGAAGAAGAAGACUCGGAAGUUGCUCGAAUACUCAAUAUGAGACUCGAAGAUGAAUCCCAGCAAAGAAUGAGGAAAAGGGUUCUCCAGAAAUUGCAUAUGUCUUCGGGUGGGACCGACGAGGAUAGCUAUGCCUUUGGAUUGGAUAAGGUUACAGAUGCUGAGAUGUUCUUCUUAGCAUCAAUGUACUUUUCUUUCUCGAGGGGAGAAGGUGGGCCCGGUAGAUGCCUCGGAUCCGGUAAGCAUGUCUGGUUUUCCGAUACAUUGAAGUCUUCAACCGAUUAUUGCUUUCGUUCUUUUCUUGCAAAAUUGGCUGGUGUGAGAACUGUUGCCUUGAUUCCAACUGAUAUCGGUGUGGUUGAAUUGGGUUCGGUGAAAUGUAUUCCCGAAAGUCUGGAGCUCGUGAAUUUGAUUAGAUCUUCAUUCUCGUCAUUGUCUGGACUCGUUAGAGCAAAGAAAGCUGCUGCUGUAGCAGUGACAACCGACAACAAGAAAGACACGCAAGUAGUUCCCAAGAUCUUCGGACAGGAUAUGUAUUCUAAUCAUACGCAAUUUAGACAAAAGAAUGUUGUUGGGAAAGUCGAAGAUAAUAAUAGACUUCCUUUCACGAACACUCAAAACGGUUUUCUAGGAUGGACGCAGUACGGUAACGUAAAACCCGUAAACCCCCCAUCGAAUAAUCUACACGAGCUUGUCAACAUGGCGAAAAAAGAGUAUCAAUUCAGCAAUUUUCAGACUCAAAAGAAGCCAGCACAAAUGCAGAUUGAUUUCGGUGGAGCUACUUCAAGAACUGUUAUUUCCAGGCCACGUAGUGCAGAAUCGGAGCAUUCAGAUGUUGACGAGGGUGUUGGAAUAUCGGGAGACAAUAGGUCUAGGAAGCGUGGGCGAAAGCCAGCCAAUGGAAGAGAAGAAGCUCUAAAUCAUGUUGAGGCAGAGAGGCAGAGGAGAGAGAAACUGAACCAGCGAUUCUACGCACUUCGAGCGGUUGUGCCGAAUAUUUCGAAGAUGGACAAAGCUUCCCUUUUAGGGGACGCGAUUGCUUACAUAACCGAACUUCAGAAGAAGCUCAAGGACAUGGAAUCCGAGGACGAAAGGGUAAUAACAGCGCCAAAUACGAAGAUACAAGAUUGUGCUCCGAGGAUCGAUAUUGAAACUGGCUGUGACGAAGUGACUGUGAAGGUCAUCUGCCCAUUGGACAGUCACCCUGUAUCGAGAGUCGUAGAAGCAAUCAAGAAUGCCAAUGCAACUAUCGUGGAUGCAAAUUUUGCUGCAGGGAGUGAGGAAGUGUUCCACACGUUUGUUGUAAAAUCUUCGCAAGGAUCGGAACAGCUGACUAAGGAUAAGCUGAUUGAAGCUUUUUCCGGUGAGUCCAAAUCUUUAUAGCAGUUUGUGUUAUGUUGGGUAAUAGAAGUGUAUGUUUUUUUAUUUGACAAAGUCACAAGGCAUAAAUUAUGUGUAGUGAACUAAUUAAAUGGGGGUUGCAAGAUUUUGAUAUACAGUUUUUAACCUAGUAGAUUAGUGAUCAGCUAUUCGUUUAUAGUAAUACCCAGAAUUUCAAUUUUUUGCAAAAACUAGUUAUUUUUUUAUAUAAUGAAAUAAAUAGAUGAUUGUGUUGUGA